GAAUUAUUUUUUUAUUAUUCACUUGAAAUCGUUCGUAGUGAAGUGAAUACCAGCAAGAAGUUUCGCGAUGGCCAACAAAAAUAACCUUCUUCUCUUGUACGACCGCCCUUUGGAGCCAUCUUUCGUUCCAAAAGGGCCCGAACGCAAAGCUUUCGAUGUUCAACAGGAUUUAUUGCCACCUAAGUACCAAGGAAUCGGGGUUCAGCUUGCAAACAGAUUCGGCGAAGAUACAGCGGAGAAAAUUCCACUGAAAAAAAUUUCCGUUCCAAAUUUGGGGGAAAUCUUAGAUUUACCUAGACAAGCUAACUUUUCUUUAUUCAUCCCGAAACAUAGAAGAAUCGCUGGGAGAUUAAUCAACAUCUUCUUAGGAAUGAAAACCAUCGAUGAUCUUCAAUCAAUGGCAGUUUACGCUCGAGACAGAGUUAACCCUUACCUUUUCAAUUACUGUCUCUCGGUGGCAAUUUUACAUCGUCCCGACACUCAAGAUUUAGAUCUUCCGGCAUUCGUACAAUCAUUUCCCGAUAAGUUUUUGGAUGGCCAAGUUUUCCAACAGGCUCGCGAAGAAGUCAGCAUCGUCCCCGAUGCAGCCAGGAUGCCAAUUGAAAUCCCACGCGAUUACACAGCUUCUGAUUUAGAAGAAGAACACCGCCUAGCUUAUUUCCGCGAAGAUCUUGGCAUCAACUUGCAUCAUUGGCAUUGGCAUUUAGUGUACCCCUUCGAAGGCGCGAUGGAAGUCGUCAAUAAAGACCGGAGAGGAGAACUUUUCUACUACAUGCAUCAACAGGUGAUCGCCCGAUUUAAUUUGGAGCGGUUCUCGAAUAAUAUGGGGCGCGUAACGCGUUGGAACGAAUGGAAAGAACCGAUUAAAGAGGCUUAUUUCCCGAAAUUGGAUAGCUUGGUGGCGUCGCGAGCGUGGCCAGCUCGCGUUGAAAAUCAAUCGAUUAAGGACUUAAAUCGCGAGCAGGAUCAAAUCCAACAGGAUGUGGAUGAUUUGUAUCGGUGGAGGGAUAGGAUUUUCGAGGCGAUUCAUUCCGGGAGGGUUCAAAGAGAGGAUGGAAGCACUCAAAUGCUAACGGAAACGGAAGGGAUCGAUAUUUUGGGAAAUAUGGUUGAGUCAAGUAUUUUAUCGCCGAAUAGGACUCUUUAUGGGGAUCUUCACAAUAUGGGGCACGUUUUCAUUUCGUAUGCUCACGACCCGGAUCAUCGACAUCUUGAAUCUUUUGGCGUUAUGGGUGACUCCUCGACAGCUAUGAGAGAUCCAAUUUUCUACCGUUGGCACGCAUACAUCGAUGACAUUUUCCAAGAACAUAAAUCCACUUUACCCAGAUAUACAACUCAACAGUUGGAUUAUCCCGGCGUAACCGUAACCGGAGUUGCCGUAAACCCUCAAGGAGGAACCGCGAACAAUUUCUCAACGUUUUGGCAACAAUCCGACGUAGAUUUUUCACGCGGAAUGGACUUCCAACCCCGCGGAUCCGUUUUCGCGCGUUUCACCCAUUUACAACACCAACCCUUUACUUACAACAUCACCGUAAACAACUCAAGCGGUGCUAACCGCAUGGGAACUUGUCGCAUUUUCCUCGGACCGAAGUUCGAUGAACGCAAGAACCCCUGGCUCUUCAGAGACCAACGGUUAAUGUUUAUCGAGUUGGAUCGCUUUGUUGUUACACUUCAACAGGGAGAGAACACGAUUAGGCGCAAUUCAAAUGAAUCAUCGGUUACAAUUCCGUUUGAACGAACGUUCCGGAAUUUAGACUUGACUCGCCCGGUUGGAGGUGAUCAAUUGGCCCAAUUCAAUUUUUGCGGUUGCGGGUGGCCCCAGCACAUGUUGAUUCCGAAAGGAACCGCGGACGGACUUCAAUGUCAACUUUUCGUUAUGAUUUCCAACUUCCAAGACGACACGGUAAAUGAAUCAACAACUGGUCAAUGCAACGACGCGAUGAGUUUUUGUGGAAUCAAAGACCGGAAAUACCCGGAUAAGCGAUCCAUGGGGUACCCUUUCGAUCGGAUGCCGCGCGACGGGGUUAACACUCUACAACAGUUUUUAACGCCGAAUAUGAGGGUGCAAGAUUGUUUGAUUAAGCAUAAUAAUCGCGUGGUGCGGCCGAGAGCGAAUUGAUUUAUGAAAAUUAAGAAAAACUACUUUGGCAAUGAUUUAUGUUUAUUCUAACGUUUGUUAUUUUGUUCAGCAUUUCAUAAAAAUAUUAUAAAAAAAUAAAAAUUAUCAUUAAUUA